GUGUGAGUGGUUUUAUUUUGAACGUGAAAUGUCAAAAACGUCAGAUGUAAAUUUUAAUUAAUCGUAAUCGCGUAAAGUUCGUUAACUCUAAGAUAAGUAAACGUUUAAUCGGUUUUAUAAUAGAAAAUGGGUUAUCUCGGGAUGUUUUGGAGAUUUGAUCUGUCCGACUUAAUUUCGCUCGGUUUGGGACAUGCGCGGCCGCUGUAUUUUACAUUUUAGUUGUUAGUCGGUCUCAAAAAAUGGCGGUAGCCGGUCUGUUCCGUUGUCGCGUUUUGUGUGCUAUCGAAAUAUUUAAAGGAAUGCGCUACACGACUUUUAUAGGUAGUACCCAAUUAAAUAAAAGUGUGCAUUUUAGAAAAAUGAGACAUUGUAGGACUUUCACAUCAACUUUACCAAUCAACGACACAAAUAAACCCAAAUUAGAAGGAAAAUCAUCGAGUAGUUCCACUAGUAGUAGUGAUAGCGAUUCGGAAGAUGAAGAUGAAGAGGUAUCGAUCGAAUACUGCAGAGGAUUGCCGCAAAUCACUGUGCCGUUACCAAGUCGGAAAGAAAAAUGUCGAUUCACUUUAAGACCCGUUUCGCAUACAGUCGGCGAUUUUUUAACGAUGCUUCGAAAUGAAGAUAAAGGCAUCGAUAGGGUGGUUAUUAAAAGUACGAAUAAUGACAUCAGGAUAGCCGCUUCUACUAGUAUAGAAACUUUAUUGCAAGAAGAUUUUGUACUGGUGGUUAAUGAUAAAUGCUACAACGUUUGUAGUCCUAAACAAGAAAGGGUGACUAGUGAAGAAAUUCAAAGAUUAAGCGAUGUACAAAAUUUAGUUGGUCAACUAUACGAGGCACUAAAUGUUAAAGAGCAGCAAGUCCAAAAGGAACGAGUUAUUUGUACCGAAUUGGAAACGUUACAACAAGAAUUAAUACCAUUAGAAGAAGUUAAAUCGCAAUUGGAAAUAGUCGCACAUAGAAAAAGUAAUUGGUUAGCAUGGGCGGGAUUAGGCCUGAUGUCUGUUCAAUUUGGGAUUUUGGCCAGAUUAACAUGGUGGGAGUACUCCUGGGAUAUAAUGGAACCAGUUACGUAUUUUGUUACCUAUGGAACUGCAAUGGCUUGUUAUGCUUAUUUUGUGUUAACGAAACAAGAAUACGUAUUGACUGAUGUAAAAGAUAGACAACAUUUAAUAACAUUGCACAAAAAAGCGAAAAAAUCGGGUUUCGAUGUUAAUAAGUAUAAUGUGCUAAAAGAUCAAAUAACGAAGUUGCAAAAGGAUCUAAAAAAAUUAAAUGAUCCCCGUAAACGUCUACCUCUCGAUCAAAAUCAAGAUGUGCAAGAAAAGGUGAUUGUAAGUAAAGAAUACCCAGCACCGUCGGAAUUAAAGGUUUAUUUAAAACUUAAAGAUACCUAUGAAAUAAUAUCGUUAAAAUCAACAACAUUGAAGUUAUCAUGGCUACAACUUUUAUCACAAUUUUUCAAGUUUAAAUAUUGACGUAAUGACAGAUUGGAGUGGAUUUGUAAAAAAGGCACGAAACGUUUUUUAAUUAUAAUACAUUCAAAGACGGAAUAUUUAUAAAAAUCACCCGAACCAAUCAAUCAAUGAAGAUUUCGAUAAAAUAAUUUAUAACAAAAUUUCCACAUAGAAAAAAAAAUUGGAAAAAAAUAUUUUGGGUAUGGCACAAAAAGAUUCAAUACAGUUCGUUCCUCCUCCGUUACAACAUUUACUUGAAUAUCCGAUAAAAGACGAUAUAAAUAUAGAGGAUGGUCUUUGUAAGCCGGAAAAUGAAAAUCUCUUUUUGAUCUCGAGCAUUGCUUUCUUGCAAAAGCAUUUAAUAAAAAAAUUCGAAAACGAAGAGAACCUAAAGAAAUCGAUCGAUAGGAAAUAUUCGGAUUUAUUGAUCGUUGAAUCUGGACAAAAAUAUAUGAGGCAAAAAACGUACAUAAAAUUGGUAAAUAUUGAAAAAUUCGAUGAGAUUUUAAAAAAUGAAGCUAGUUUGCCACAAAACGCUUUAUCCAACACUCAAUUAUUACCAUUACCUAAAAAAUCAAAAUCUACAAAACUAAUUAUGUCAAGCAUUUUUAAACCAAAAAUUAGUUACUCAACACCAAGUACUAUAACCACAAAAAAAUCCUCAACAUUUUUUAACAUAUUCAAAAGAAGUAGUUCAAUUUCAACAAGUUUAGUUCCUUUUAAUAGUAUUGAACUUGAUACAGAAAAAAUUAUUGUUACAACAGAAAAUGAGAAAACAAAUAAUCAAUCAUCAUGUUCUAUUUCAAUACAAAAAACAAGUAAUACAACAACAACAACAACAACAACAACAUCAACAUCCACAAACGAUCAAAACGACUUAAACGAUAAUGAAAAUUUAAAUUUAAUACCACGUUACUACUCAAACCAUUCUGUGAAGAAACGAAUUUUAAGUGAAGCUGAAGAAGAAAUUUUAAGAAUAAUUCCAAAAGAAUCAAAUUUAAUAAUAAAAAAGAACAUUAGUGAAAAAUUAAGAACAUCGUCGCGAAAAGCUUUAGCAAUAACCGACGAUGAAGAAACGAUAUGCACCUCAGAAGUGAGUUUAGUGAAAAAAGAUGAUGAUGAUUUUUAUGAAGAUCUCGAAACUGGUAUUAAAUUUAAAUGUAUGCCUGCGAAUUCGUUGCAACCGAAAAAACUUAAAGAACAACAAUCAAAAUUGAGCCUUUGUAUUGAAGAUGAAAUGGAAUCAGAUAUCGAUUAUGGACAAGAUCAAAGAAAAUAUCCUUUUAAUUGUACAGACGAUAUUAAAGCUUUGGUUUCACCUGAAGCUAUUGAUUUAAUUAUUAACGAAGUUUGGCCUAAAAUUGAUGAUAAGCAAUGAUUUAAAUGGGAAUGUCAAUUUUAUAUUUUGAGUCUUCUUUCAGUCUAUUUUGAGUAUUGAAUGCAGUUAUAGUUUACAAGUAA